AUGGUCGCCGCCGCGAAGAUCCAGGGUGCCGGCAUGGCCACCAUUGGCCUCGCUGGUGCUGGUGUUGGUAUCGGGACGGUUUUCGGCUCGUUGAUCACGGGUGUCGCUCGCAACCCCAGCCUGAGGGGCCAGCUCUUCCAGUACGCCGUCUUGGGUUUCGCCUUCGCUGAGGCUACUGGCCUGUUCGCUCUCAUGAUGUCCUUCUUGCUCCUCUACGUCGCAUAG